AUGGGUUCGAAAAUAACACCGUUUAUGAGACAAUGUUUCGUGACCACGGCAGUCGGAUUAAACAUCAUCGGGAUGGGUUGCGGUCUUGGUUUCCCAGCCAUUUUAUUGCCACAUCUACACGAAAAAAACUCUGAAAUACCGUUGACUAAGGAAGGCGAAUCAUGGAUAGCGGCCACAGCUGCUCUGAGCAUGCUCAUCGGGACCGUACUUACAUUGUCUAUAAUGGAUCGCUUUGGACGUAAAGCUACCCACUACAUGCUCACAAUACUGGCCAUCAUCAGCUGGUUCAUCACUAUUUUGGCCACUAGCGUUGAGGCUCUGAUCCUAGGAAGAUUUAUAUUCGGGAUGUCAGCCGGCAUGCUGUUAUCGCUGCGAUCUAUCCUCAUUGGAGAAUACACAAGCCCUAAAAAUCGUGGCGCCUUCCUCACUACCGUCUCUCUAACUCAAGCAUUUGGUAUAUUUUUUGCCCACCUCUUAGGUUCACUGAUCAGCUGGCAAAAAACUGCCUUAGUGUGUCUCUUUUCCCCAUUUCUUAGCCUGGUUAUGAUCAUGUAUACACCAGAAUCUCCUAGUUGGUUAGUAUCCAAAGGCAGGCACGACGAGUGCAGGGAAGUGUUUCGAUGGCUUAGAGGUUCUGAAGAAGAUGAAGAGCUGGAAGACAUGAUUGAAGCCAGAAUUGCGUACGAACAAGCUAUUGUAAAGGCCCCGAAAGAUAGUCAUUUGCUUAAAAAGUUAUCCAUAAUCAUACGUAGGGGAGAAUUUUACAAACCCAUAUUGAUUAUGAUCUACUCAAACGCGAUGUUGCAUUUCUCUGGCGGGACCACGAUGGCUUCGUACUCUACGGUUAUCCUUAGCUUGUUAAUGGGACCUAAAGCAAAUGUGCAUUUUUGGAUGGUAUUUUUAGAUACUCAAAGAGUUAUUUUUAAUACGUUAGCUGUUUACGUGAUCAAUAAGACAAAACGACGAAUCAUGGUGUUUUCGACUGGUAUGUGGUCUGCUGCGAGUCACUUUGCCAUAGCAAUCUAUGUUUACUUCAGACUGAAUGGCUGGGAUUAUGAUGCUAUCUGGUUGCCGGCCUUGUUAGUCAACGUGCAGUACCUAGCUGUAGCUGUUGGUACAGUGCCGAUGCCUCAAGUGUUAGGGGGCGAAGUAUUCCCACUGGAAUAUCGAGGCAUUGGAGGAUUUAUCAGCAUGGUAACAGGAAAUGGAGUAAUGUUUUUGGCACUUAAAACAUUCCCUCGCCUGGUAGACAAAAGUGGUUUGCAGGGAACCUAUAUUGUGUAUGGUGUAAUUAUAUUAAUUAACUUAAUUUUACUAAUGGUAUUACUGCCAGAGACAAAGGGUAAAACUCUACAACAGAUCGAAGACGAGUUUAGAGGCAGACCGUUGAGGCGGGAAGAGUUGGAGUCCAAACAGUCACUACAAGCUAAUCCAAUUGAAAAUUAUAAAAGAAAGAUGUCAUCAUUAAGCUUUGGCAGCUCUACGAUUCUG